ACCAGGUUUAGCUUCGGCCACAUUUCGCGACUUCAUGUCCGUCUCAUUUCAUCCUCACCGACACCUUUGUGGAUUGUCUCACGGAUGACAUUUCCAUCACUUCGAAACAAGGUGUGGACCUUUUCGCGUCUCAGUUUACUCCUUCAGCCUUGUAUCCGUGUCAUCUCGUCUUCUGAGUCGUGGUCAGAUCGUUACGAUUACCUUACCGUCAGUCCUGCCUUCCCAGAUAUCCUUCAAUCCCUCCUCCGUUUUCUCCAAAGGUAAGACUUUUCCAAUACGAGGUUUUAUCUUCUUGGAGGCAACAUAAUUUAGGAGGUCAACGAACUCCUCUCUUGUCCCAGUGUAGACGCCGGUGAGAACUAUCUGGUUGGUGAACAGGUGCACGAGAUCGAUGUUGACUUUGUUCGACCCGCCAUCCGAAUGGAUGCCACAUGACACAACGGUACCUCCAGGCUUGACGGAUGCGAGAGAAUGAGAGAUGGUGGCAGCGCCGGACGUGUCGAAUGCAGCAUCGACAAGAUAUGGUAGCUUCUGGAGAGGCUCGAAUGUACGCUCGGCUCCCAGCUUCAACCCCAACGCUCGCUUGGCCUCCGUUCGACCUGUGGCCCAAACUCGAAGACCAGCGGCGGAACCAAGCUGUAUCAGAGCUGUGGUGACGCCUAUCUGGGUGUCAGUAGGAGUAUAUCCGGGAAUGCUUCGUUGAACUCACCGCCUGAGCAACCUUGGAUCAGGACUGUCUGACCUGGCCGCAGCUUCGCUUGUUUGAACAUCAUACGGUACGCAGUCAACCAAGCUAUGCCCAUGAUCGAUGCAUCCUUGGCGUCCAACCCUUGUGGCCGUGGGACAGCAUUCCUCUUUGGCACAACGACGUACUCUGCCAAGGUUCCCUGCACCAGCUCGCCCAGGACGUGCCUUUUCGGAUCCAGGGUUUCGUCUCCCUUGAAAUCUGGAUCCCCGAGGUUGGGAUAAAGUGCGACUUCUGUUCCAUCUUCCAAAAUGCCUGCGCCCUCGUUGCCUAGGAUCAUUGGAAAUCGGAUCUCGUGCAUUCCUAUCCCACGGAGGGUGAAGAUGUCGUGGAAGUUCAGGCCGACUGCUUGCAUUUUGACUGUGACCCAACCCUCUUUGGGCUCGGGAGGAUUUCUGCGGUUGAUGCGCACUGAAGACAGGGGAUUUGUGGGAUUGCCACAGGCGGCAUAGACCGUCCGAAUCGUCGGCUUUCUGGGGUCGACAUCUCCCAUCUCCAAGUGCUGGAUCUUGUCGUUCUUGAUGGUCGCAAGGAGAAACAGGUCGAAGGGCUCGUGGAUGUUAAAGCCUUCAACAUAGUCACCGUCCAUCAUUAUGUGCUGAAAGACCUUGCCAUCAUCGCGGACCUCCCUCUCGAGGAUUUCGACGCGAGACCGAUAUCCAACAAUGCCAUGUUCACACAGUGCCUUGAUGGCUUCGUCCUUGAAGCUCUUUCCAUCGUCGCAUAUCUCGGCAUCCGAGGCGAAGGCACCUAGCAUUUGUUCCAGAUUCGCGGCAUUGAUCCCAUUGAGGAAUUGAUCCAGGGGUCUUUCUCGUGAAGCCAUGGCUCGUCAAUUUGUUUCUUUUUUUUCGCCUGGUGUCCUGCUCGGAUUGAAGUGAAUGACCGUGCUAUUUAUACUUCGAUCAUGAGCGUACAAGGGGCGUGACUUCGCCGUGUCUGAGACGUUACACGCGUGAGACCCACCAUACUGUACUGCACCUGGGAAGAUCCCAGAGUGUUUGGACCAUUUUUUGGCUGAUAUCACGUGCGAAAGCAGUGAAUUGCUUCGUCCGCGGUGGAUGAUUCAGCCACUCUUCGGACGGAGGAGGUACCAUUUUCGAAUGGUGAACGUGUAAGCCAUUGCUGAUUCAACAACAUGGCCAGCACUGGGAUAUUUUGUCCAAAGUCUUACCUCUAUGAAAUAUUCAUCGGACCUUCGAGAUGCAUUCUGUUUCAAAACCAAAAUCAUAUCCCGGACGUUGUUAGCGUAAGAUCUCACGACGGAGCGACCAAGUUCUAUGGCUAUUAUCAAGUUGGAAUUGUAGACUCGAAGAUAAGCACAUCUUUUUGGCACACGGAGUUAGGGACUCUGAUAUUAGACAGAUGUUGUUUGUCUAGUGAAGGCCCUCAACAUCGAAUUUGCCUGUAUGUAGAGGCUUUUGUGUUCGAGUCAGGCCUGGCGUGAGGGGCCUGCGAACUCUUCCAUAACAUGGGGAAACGUACCUCGGCACCUGGCAAUAGGACUGGGUACUUAGUACCUAAUGCAUGUAGUUAUGUCCCCAAGCUACAAUGUUUUUGGACGAGGCAACACUUGAGGAUAAAGUAGACCCAAGCAUUUCGUGCCUUCAUCAGAAUUGUCUUUUGGUCGCUCGGUCUAUUUACAGCGCGCGGGAGAGCUCACACUCGAAUCAUGGCCGGCGAAGCAAUACCAGAGACUAUGCUGGCGUGGCAGAAAGAUUUUGGCAGCACGCAGCCGGUAAGUUGAAUGUAUUGGUGACGUAGCAGUUUAAUCUUACGAGUUCAUGUUUCCAUGAUGGCCAGGAUCUUUGUGGUGUUGAUCUGACUUUUAGCUAGAAUCGAGUCCGUGUUGAUGUCCCGUCAGCGCCUGACGACGGACUUUUGGUGAAGAUAUAUGCGGCUGGAGGUGCGUACUUACACUCCCCGUCUUCAUCGUCUAUGGCGAUCGGGGUAGACAUGAGAAGGAUACGAUUCCUAAACCUUCCAUAGUUUGUCACAGCGAUGUCCAUCUACUGCACAUGGAAGAGAAGCCGCCCGAAUACUUGGACAAGUAUACUUUGGUGCGCCGCGACCAGAAUUAAUGAUGGAGCGUCUCAUCGUGUGCUGACAAUAUUCUCACGAAAAAGGGCCAUGAAGGAUGCGGCGAGGUGGUCUCGGUCGGAUCUGCCGUCACCAAAUUCAAGCCGGGCGACAUGGUAUCAGUCCUGGCAGUGCCUGGAUGUGGAAGUCAGUCAUGCCCAGACUGUGCGAAGGGGGUCCCUCAGAUUUGUCCGCUGGGAGAACACUACGGCAUCGGGCACAACGGGUCCUUCGCACCCUACGUUGCCAUCCGUGAGAGAGCCGCGGUCAAGCUACCCUCGGGCGUAAGCUAUGCGGCUGGCGCGGUGGCCACGGAUGCAGUCUUGACCGCGUACCAAGCAGUCGUGGGACGAGGGAAGGUCAAAAAGGGUGAUACAGUCCUGUUGUUCGGACUGGGCGGGCUGGGAUUCAACGCGUUACAGAUCAUGCUCAGCAUCGGGGCGAACGUGAUUGUCGUGGACCAACGACAGGAAGUGCUCGAGGAGGCCCUCAAGUUUGGCGUCAAGUCAGAGAACGUCGUGCCCGUGGGGACAGGAAACGUGGCGGAAUGGGUCAACAACAAAGGGUUGCUUGUCGAUACGGCGAUCGAUUUCGUGGGAGUAUCGGAGACAUUCAAAGCAGCACUUGAUGCAGGUGAGUUUUUGACAACCCACCAGGAGUGGGCAUGCGCUGAUGGACACGUCUGUCUUGGGAUAGUGCGACGAGCAGGUACAGUUGUCCUUGUGGGCUUGAUCAAUCCCAGCAUAUCGUUCAGUUCGCUGGUACCCAUCACAAAGCAACUGGACGUGCUAGGAAGUUAUGGGGGCACUUCUUCGGACCUGGAGGCCAGUCUGGAUCUCAUCGCCAAAGGUGUCAUCACGCCACAGGUCGAGACGGGGCAUAUGAAGGAUUUCCCUCAGAUCCUGGAUGACUUGCACAAUGGGAAGAUCAAGAGUAGGAUUGUCCUUGUGCCGGAAGGAGUGGAAGAGGCCAAGGUCGCGAAGUGAUGAUAUACGCACAAGGAGGUUGGUUACAAGAUCGAGUUGAUAUCGACAUGUCGGUACUCGUAGUCCUUUUGGGAACAAAAGUUGCUAUUGUACUCCGUAACAGCGUCGACAGAUGGUGUCAUCGCAAUGAGCCGCGACCUCCUUCUCCUGAAAUGAUUCUAGUCUGUACUUACCGCGCUUUGCAUCUCAAGACCGAUGAGAAUCUCUGCAAAGGUCGACUAUGCCCUCUCAAAAGUCGCAGGCGGACCAAUGUAUGUGUGCCAGUACCAUGACUGAUUAUGACUCGACGCCCGAUGCAAAUACAGCCUUAAGAUGACCGGUACAACCCAUAUAACAACUUUUGCGACCCUUUGAGGCUGAGAUGUCCAAAAGGAGGACAGUAUAGGAGAAGUACGACCACAAUCCCUGCAGGUCACAACUUCGAAAUAACCAAUCAUCUUUUGAUCGGAGAAACUUUUGUUUGCUCUGAUCAGUGAUGUCCAACCCUCCUCGAUAACAUGCCUCGACAAGGGGUGAAAGUUGCUCAACUAUAUAGCAACCCUUAGUUCCCGUACCAGCCAUGAAUGUAUCUACACAGUCACAGUAACCCAUCUUGUUCGAACAUGACUCGAUCUCGAAACCAUCCACACACUCGGCAGGAAUAGGAUGCUAUUCGGCCCCUGUUCACCAGGUUGUACAAGACAGAGGGGGAAAAGCUUUCAGAUAUUAUCAGUGACUGUCUCUAGACUCACUUGAUUCCUUCCAAUACCGGGCAAUAAGUGUCAUCUCAUUUCUCAGCUCUACCAUCACACAAAACUAGAUAGUAAAGUCCAGUCUACUGGGUCGACCUCUGAUGUCAAUCAUGUCACUUGGCGAAUUUCCUACUCGACGCUGUACUUCAGCCACAACACCUUAACAAAGGCCCAACUUCGUGAUUGUAUUUCCGCUA